CCCCACUCUUCCAAUCCGCCGUCGUCCCCAAACCUGCGCGUAGGUUAGAGAGAGAGAGAGAGAGAGUUUAGAGAGAGAAACAAUCAACAAUGGGACGUGUUAUCAGAGCACAACGUAAGGGAGCAGGCUCCGUCUUCAAAUCCCACACACACCACCGCAAAGGCCCAGCCAGAUUCCGGAGCCUCGACUUCGGCGAACGCAACGGUUACCUCAAAGGAGUCAUCACCGAAAUCAUCCACGAUCCAGGCCGCGGUGCGCCGCUUGCUCGCGUCACCUUCCGUCAUCCGUUCCGUUACAAGCACCAGAAGGAGCUCUUCGUUGCCGCCGAGGGGAUGUACACCGGUCAGUUCGUGUUUUGUGGCAAAAAAGCUAAUCUGAUGGUCGGAAAUGUCCUGCCGCUUAGAUCUAUUCCGGAAGGAGCUGUGGUUUGUAAUGUGGAGCAUCAUGUUGGGGAUAGAGGUUCGUUUGCUAGGGCUUCCGGGGAUUAUGCUAUUGUUAUUAGUCAUAAUCCGGAUAACGGUACCACUAGGGUCAAGCUUCCAUCUGGAGCCAAGAAAAUUGUGCCGAGCGGAUGCAGAGCCAUGAUUGGUCAGGUUGCCGGAGGUGGUAGAACCGAGAAGCCGAUGCUUAAAGCUGGUAAUGCUUAUCACAAGUUCCGCGUGAAGAGAAACUGCUGGCCCAAGGUUCGUGGUGUUGCUAUGAAUCCAGUUGAGCAUCCCCAUGGUGGUGGUAACCAUCAACAUAUUGGUCAUGCAAGUACGGUCCGUCGUGAUGCACCACCUGGUCAAAAGGUUGGUCUUAUUGCUGCUAGGAGGACGGGUCGUCUCAGAGGUCAAGCUGCUGCUACUGCCGCCAAGGCUGAUAAGUAGAGCACUUGAAUGGAUUUUGGUAUCAGGUUUGAAAUUUUUACUUAUCUGUUUGUUUUGUUUGAAUUUGGACUUUUGAGGGUUAAUCUACAAUACUUGAUACAAUGUUAUUGUCAUUUUGCUUAUUUAUUGAUGAGAUUUUAGUCGUA